AUGUCUGAUAUUUAUAUACCUGAACUUUUAGAGUUGGAUGCAUAUUGGCAAAAAGCAGUUGAAGAUGCUAUUUACGACACAUUAAAAGGAGAGAAAAGGCUUUGUUUAGCCUUAAGAAACAGAAAAAAAAUAAACAAUAAGUUGAAAAAAUUAGGUUUAAAGUCUUCGCGUACCUCUCACAAAAAUUUUACCAAACAUCGUUGCUCAAAUUCAAAAUAUUAUCAAUCUUUGGCCGGCAACAAUAAAUUUUCCUGUGGCAAACCGGAAUCUAACAUGGAUAUGGAUUCAUUCGAUGAAAAUUCAUUGGGAACGAGUCAAAAUGAAGAUUUACGUUCGCAGAAAAUUUCUAAAAGGGGAAGAACAUCAUUUUCACCCGUGAGAAGUAGUUCAAGGAGUAAAAAUGGAAAAGAAACUCCUCCGGAAAAAAUCUAUAGAAAUCCAGAAAGGCCCGUACUCGGAAAUGGUUCUUUAGAAAAAAUGAAAAAAAGUCAAAAUAGUUUUUAUUGCGAAGCCAUGGGAGCAGAAGAAACAUUAAUAUCAAAUAACAUCAACGAUAAUUCAUUUCAAGCAAAAGAGAAAAAUGUUAAAAAAAGCGUAGAUUUGAAAGAUGGAAAAGACCAAGGAGAAGAUAAAAAUAAAAAAAUUGAAUGGUUGUAUUUUCGAGAAAAUAAAAUAUUUGAAGACAGCGAUACUGAUAUUUCUAAUAAAGAAUCACCGAAUAAAAAAAAUUUAAAAAAUGAACCACCAACAGGAGGAGCAAGAAGUGAUUUUUCAUUGAACGAAAAUUGUUUACAAAGGCAAAAAAAUCAACAUAUUUUACGAUUCACAAAUUCUAAUAAUUUAGAAAAUAAUACGAAAAAUAUACCAGUCACGUUAGAUCCGAAAGAAGAUUUAUUUUGGGAAAAAGAAGUUAAAAAUGCAAUAAGAGUAAAUGCAAAUAAUGAGCGUAAACUUUAUUUUGCAUUAGCCAAAAGAGAAAUAGUUAAUGAAAGUUUCGACGAGGAUAAAAGAGCUUUGUUAUGA